AUGCUAAACACGUGCAGACAACGCUUCUGGAUCACAAGUGGCCGAAAUCUCACCCGGAAGGUAUUCCACCAGUGCCACACCUGCUUCCGCGCCCGACCAUCAUCGUCAGCAACUAUAAUAGCUGACCUGCCGGCUGUCCGAGUAACACCGGCCCUUCCUUUUUCGAUCACCGGGGUUGCCUACUGUGGUGCAGUGUUCCUGAAAGGUGGCCAUCGACGGGCGGCGCCCGUGAAGGCAUACGUCGCCAUAUUUGUAUGCUUCACCACCCGUGCCGUACACAUCGAGCUGGUGUCAAACCUGACAACGGAAGCGUUUCUAGCAGCAUUGCGACGGUUUGUGUCUCGUCGUGGGUUGCCAUUGGAGUUUCACUCGGAAAACGCGACGAACUUCAAGGGAGCAGCAAACAAGCUGAACGAGUUGUACAAGCUGUUGCGUACAACUGAACACCAGCAGAGCAUUCAGACUUGGACACUAGAACGGAAGAUUUCAUGGAAGUUCAUCCCCCCGAGAGCUCCUCACUUCGGAGGACUGUGGGAAGCCGCCGUCAAAACCAUGAAAUAUCACCUAGUACGCGUUUUAGGAACGACAACACUUUCGUUUGAGGACAUGUCUACGCUGCUGGACGAGAUAGAAUGCUGUGUCAACUCCCGGCCUAUAACAUCGAUGUCAGACGAUCCACACGAUAUGACAGCCUUCACUCCUGGACAUUUCCUGGUUGGAACGAUCCUACAGCUCAUUCCGGACCACUGCUUGCUGUAUGAAGCCGAGAACCGGUUGAACCACUGGCGUCAUGUUCAACAACUUCGCCAGCACUUUUGGAACCGUUGGCAGAAGGAGUAUUUACAACAACUGCAGGCGCGAUCUAAAUGGACAAAGGAUGGUACAACCACAGUAACGCCAGGAACGUUAGUUAUAAUCAAGGAGGAUAAUGUGCCUUCAUCGUGUUGGCCAUUAGCACGCGUAACCGAGGAGCAUCCUGGAAAGGAUGGCAAAGCGCGUGUCUUUACAUUGCGUACAACUGUGCCAAGUUUCAAGUCAAAAUAUCAACCCGGCUAA